GGUGUGAAGAGGAUCUUUAAUUGAGUAGUGGUAGUGAGAAGAGAAAUAAAUGAUAAUUUUUAGAGCUGGAAUGACCAUAGAUACUAAUCUGUGCAGUAUUUAAUUUUUCCUGUUGCUGAGCCAUCUGUACAAAUUCUGAUUCCCUUUCACAUGAGUGCAAAAUAUAUUCUCUUUUUUUCCCUUGUCAUUUAGCACUCAGCACAUUUCUGUUCUAUGAGAGUAUAAAGCAUUAUUUGAAGCUGAGAUUCCAUCUCCCAAAAUGUGAUAGUCACAUUGUCCCCAGCAAACUUAUUUUUUUGGGUAGGCAUUGCCUUUGAUGGGGGUGUGCAUGCCUCCUGUAAGCCUAGCUGUGACUGAUGUAGCUGCUCAGAGAUAUAGUAAAAGGUAGCUGUCAAGAUGGUACAUGCUGAAGCCUUUUCUCGUCCCUUGAGUCGGAAUGAAGUUGUUGGGUUAAUUUUCCGUUUGACAAUAUUUGGUGCAGUAACGUACUUUACAAUCAAAUGGAUGGUAGAUGCAAUUGAUCCAACCAGAAAGCAAAAAGUUGAAGCUCAGAAACAGGCAGAGAAGUUAAUGAAGCAAAUUGGUGUGAAAAAUGUGAAGCUUUCAGAAUAUGAAAUGAGCAUUGCUGCUCAUCUUGUAGACCCUCUUAACAUGCAUGUUACUUGGAGUGAUAUAGCAGGUUUAGAUGAUGUCAUUACGGAUCUGAAAGACACCGUCAUCUUACCUAUCAGAAAGAAACAUUUGUUUGAAAAUUCCAGGCUUCUGCAGCCUCCAAAAGGUGUUCUCCUCUAUGGGCCUCCAGGCUGUGGUAAAACGUUGAUUGCCAAGGCUACAGCCAAAGAAGCAGGCUGUCGAUUUAUUAACCUCCAGCCUUCAACACUGACAGAUAAGUGGUAUGGAGAAUCUCAGAAAUUAACGGCUGCUGUUUUUUCCCUUGCCAUAAAGCUACAGCCUUCCAUCAUCUUUAUAGAUGAAAUAGACUCCUUUCUACGAAACCGUUCAAGUUCUGACCAUGAAGCUACAGCCAUGAUGAAAGCUCAGUUUAUGAGUCUCUGGGAUGGACUGGAUACUGAUCACAGCUGCCAGGUCAUAGUGAUGGGAGCUACUAAUCGUCCUCAGGAUCUUGACUCAGCUAUAAUGAGAAGAAUGCCUACAAGAUUUCAUAUCAACCAGCCUGCUCUAAAACAAAGAGAAGCAAUCCUGAAACUCAUUUUGAAAAAUGAAAAUGUGGAUAGACAUGUGGACCUGUUAGAAGUUGCCCAGGAGACUGAUGGUUUUUCGGGAAGUGACCUGAAAGAGAUGUGUCGAGAUGCUGCCCUCCUCUGUGUCAGGGAAUAUGUCAGUUCUGCCUCAGAGGAAAGCCAUGACGAAGAUGAAAUUCGGCCUGUGCAACAACAGGACCUGCAUCGGGCAAUUGAAAAGAUGAAGAAAUCGAAGGAUGCAGCAUUUCAGAAUGUUUUAACACAUGUUUGUUUAGAUUAAGAGUAAAGGUCAUGUGUACCAGUCAGUGCAACCUGGUUUGGUGUGCUCUGUUAUCAUUAGGGAAAUAGAAUGGAGAGUGUUCUUUAAACAGUGAGGGAGUUGAAUGACACUGGUUUUAUACUCUGAAUUCUAAGUUAUUGAGAUAUAGUUGUUAUAUAAACGGUAUUACCACUUGUCAGAAAUCAUGAGGAGGAACAGUUUAAUCCAGCCUGCGUGUGGGUGCUUGUGUUUGACCUUUUUAGCCAUAUGUUGCAGCCUUAUAGCAUCUAAGCUGGUCUUAAAGUAACAGGUGAUUCACUGAGUCAUUAGUGAGAAAUGGGGAUGUGGUUAAGUGCUGCUGUCUAGAUAUGUGAGUGUGUGUGUAUUAAAUGUAUAUAUUCACACAUUUUAUAUUGACAUUCUUCUGUAGAUAUGUUUGAAUACAGAAACUUUUUUUACCCCAACUACUGAAUCAAAAAGUACCAAAUGCUCUGUAUAGUGAAACUAAGAUUGAAGGUUGUGUCUAAAAGGUACAGUGAUUCAGCCAUUUCCAGUUGUCACUUGUUUCAGCUUUUUUUUAAGAUGAGCGUUCUCUGCAGUUGAAUAGUUGAAGUCAGCUUCAUUUGAAUACUUCGUUGUGGCUCAAUUAUUAUGGUUGUCAGGAUAAUAAUAAUAGUUGUUCAGAGAUCAGCAUUGAAUGGUUUCCAUGCGCUUGUGUGAUCAACACUGAUUUCACCCUUCCGCAAGCAUACUGAGUAGAGACAUUUAAAAAUUGAUAUAUGUAAAGGUGAUUGAAAGCCAUUAGAAAGAGUGGCUUUGAAAAACCUCAGUGCCAUACAAUACAUGUAUGUGACUUUCCCUUUCUUCAUUUAAUGUUACAUAGUUCUGUUGUAACCAUGGUUUUCUAAUGUUAUUUUAAAGUUAUGUGUUCUUUAUUUACGGUCAAAUAUAAUUUGGUCAUCAAAAAUAAAAUGAUAAUUUAAAACAA